ACUCUCAGAACGUAUCCUGUGGAGUGGAAGGAUCACAAUAUUUGAGAUGACAUUAUUUGUAUCCUUGAGUAUAGAUGACAUUGAUCAUGAUUCUCAAACAGUUUUCGAAAAAGAUAAAUUUUAUUCUGUUGGUAAAAAAAUCGUACCUGAAUUCUAUUGUAGAAAUAAGAGACUAAAGAUGAUGGUGUCAACAUCCAUGCACUUAACAAUUCUUAAUAAGGUAGUUGAAUCUAAUAAGUGUCCUUUGAAGGUGUCCUUGAUUGAGGUUCCUCAGGAUAUGCCAAAUGAGAUUAAUGACGAAAUAGUUAUUAAUACGAGAAGAUUAGAAGAUGGAAUUUUAGUUAAUUCAAAUGAUCCUGUAAAUGAGUUUAGAUUAGGUUUAAUCAAUUGUUCUUUUUCAGAAAAAUAUUCACAUGUUGAUAAUUUUGACAAUUUUACCAAAGGAUUAGUUAUAAGUAGUGAGAAUAAAAGAAAAAAUUUACGUAUUAAGGGCAAGAAGCAUAUGAAAAGGUCUUCAAGUGAUCUUGUAAAUGAGUUUGGAUCAGAUUUAACCAAUUGUUCUCUUUUGGAAAAAUGUUCACUUAUUAAUAAUUUUAAUGAUUUUAUCUGUAAAAACUUGACUGAUCUUGAAUAUAUGAAUCAUAAAUCUUUUACAAAUGAGGGUGAUGAAUCAACUGACUAUAAUCAGGAGAAGAUAGAAGGAUUGGUUAUAAGAGAAGAGCAAUUUCCUUCAAAGUUAUGUCCAAGACUUCUAUGUAAUAAUGAACAUGUCGAAUUUGAGUUGAUAUCUAAAGGAAUCUUAAAUCCAGAAUAUGCUAUUCGUCCCCUGGACAUUAAUAAAGUAACAAUACCCAAGGAAGCAGUUGCAAGUACAACCGAUGAAGUCGAAUGGACUUUUGUAACAGAUUCAUCAACAAAAAUAGUAAUUAGUUAG